AUGACUGGCCAGUUACAGGAUUUAUCCCAUUAUGGGCCUUCAUUAUGUGUAAAAUUUAACAAGACUUAUACAGAUUAUAUCUUCGUUGCUGUUGGUCCAUUCAUUCAAAUAUACAGAUAUGAUACAGGCGAACUAAUAAAUAGAUUACGUAUUUUUAAAGCCAACAAAGUUCAUGGUUUCAAUUUUUCAAAUGAUGGGGAGAACUGCGUUCUCUUUGGAUCAAAAUCAAUUUCAAUAUGCUCCAUAAGAGAGUUACUAAGUUCAAAUGACAUUAGCUCUUCUGAAAAUAUGUACACAGAAUGGAUAAUUGAUUCAACAUUCAGUUAUGAUAGUAAACAAUUAUAUAUUCUCACAUGUUAUAAUUUAGUCCUGGUGGUUGACUUGCAAGGGAAUAUCGUUGAGAGAAAGAAUCUAUUAAAUGAAAGAUCGAUUUUAUAUUCAGGUACUAUCAAAGUAUUAUCUGACGAAAGAGUAAUAAUAAAUGCGGGUACCGUUCUUGGUGGUAUUCUAAUUUGGGAUCUUUAUAAAGAGGAAAAGAUGCAUAACCUAACUGGUCAUGACGGUUCUAUCUUUUAUGUUGUAGUGAGCAAUGAAGGUCAAUAUGUCGCAAGUUGUUCCGAUGAUAGAUCGAUUAGACUGUGGGAUUUAACUAGUGGUAGAGAAUUAUCCAUUGGAUGGGGUCACACUGCUAGAAUUUGGAAUUUAAAAUUUUUCAAUAAUGACACCCAAUUAAUAAGUGUCUCCGAAGAUUGUACAUGUCGUGUUUGGAAUAUAAUUAAGAAUCAAGAUAAAGUUGAACUAGUUAUGGCAAAUAUUUAUGAGACACAUCUUAUUAAGAAUGUAUGGAGUGUUGACGUUCUAGAAACUGAAGGCAUUGCUGCUACGUCUGGUAACGAUGGUCGUAUCAAAUUAAUUGAUUUGAAACAAACUACAAGAUUUGGUGAUGAAGAACGUUGUUUUAACAUUACAUCCUUACCUAGUAAAGGCGAAUUGAACCUUCAGAAGGGUGAAAUAUUCAAGGGAUUUCAUUGGUUUGAUUUUGGUCUUGUUGCUAUUACAUCUCUAGGCAAUGUUUUAAAAUAUUCUGAAAGGGAAAUGAUAUGGGAGCUGAUCACAUCUGAUGAAAGAUUAGCUUCUUAUUCGAUAACAAAUGGUGUUUCUGAUGCUACUCAUGAAAAUAAUGUCAUUGUAUUUUCAAAUAAUAAAUGUGAUAUAUUGAUGUUGAAUUUCUCUAAGGAUGGACAAGUUGUCAGUUGUAAAAAUUUGUUACAUAUCGAAUCACUCUCAAAGACUUGUAACUCUAUGGUCAUUGCGUAUGGUCCAGAACAUUGUUUAGUGGCAGUCGAAUCACCUAAUCCCCGUGAUAAAUUUGUUGUAUUACAAGUCAAGAUUACAACAUUAGAAGUCGUAAAGAGAUUUAAUUUCUUGAAACCAGAAGGGUUUGUGUCUUCAUGCCUCGAAGUCUUUGAGAAUUCCUUAUUAAUUGGGUCAAGAUUUAGUACUGUGGCCAUUUUUAACCUUGAAGAUGAUUCCCAAAAACCGUACUUAAUCCGCAGAAUCACUUCCGGUGAUACUACAACAUCUAUUAAACAUGUUGAGACAAUAAAUGGACAAGCUUUAUUCUCUGUAACAAAUAGAGAUGGAUUUUAUAAUUUUAUUAAAAUCGAUACCUUUGCAUUGAAAAACUUAAGCGAUGAUCGUAAUGACUCUAUAUGCCUACAUGGAAUUAUUCAUUCCAAUAAAGUCAUUAAAGGGUUUUUAGAAGGGGCAUUCUACAAUAGUAAAGGUGACUAUAUCACAUAUGGAUUUAAAUCUAGUCUUUUUUACAUGUUUAAUGAAAAGAAUGGAUAUGAAAUUGCAAGUCAAGUUUGUGGUGGCGCUCAUAGACAAUGGAAAUUAUGUUCCUUGGGUGAAAAUGUUGGGUUUAUGUUAGUCUACAUCAAAGCUUCUGAAUUAUUCUUAAGAAAAAUUUAUACAUCAGAUAUUCCAGAGACUUUAGAAGAUGCUAUCCAUGGUAGAGAGAUUAGAGACAUCAGCAUCUUACCCCGUAGGAUCACUGAUAAGUAUGAUCCUCAAAAUGGAUAUUUAUUUGUAACUGGGUCUGAAGAUACUACCAUUAAGUUAUGUAAAUAUGAUCCAAAGGAUGGGGCCAUAACUAACUAUUGGACUGAAAGAAAACAUGUAUCCGGUUUACAACGUUUAAGUUUUAUCAAUGAUAAAUUGAUGGUAUCAUGUUCAGCUAGAGAAGAAUUAUUUCUAUGGGAAUUGAAUACCGAAUUUAAAUCAAACCCAUAUAUGACUAUACGACAAUCAUUACCAACUUUGACUACACAUCCAGAUUUAAGAAUUAUGGAUUUUGAUGUAUUAUUUAAUGGAUCGAGUAAUAAUUUCAUCAUUAGUACUGUUUAUUCUGAUUCUUCAAUUAAAAUGUGGUACUACAACUAUGAUUCUAACCAAUAUCAAAAGAUUUGGGAAAAUAGAUAUCAAACUUGUUGUAUUUUAAACACAUCAUUUGUUCAAUUAGAAGAUCAAUUAUUCUUAUUAAUUGCUGCUACUGAUGGAUUUUUAUCACUUUAUAAUUUAACAAAUGAGUUAUCCUUUAUCAAGAAUCUCAACAAUAGUAUUGAAUUAAAUGAAGAUCAAAUUAAAUUGGUACAAUCCAAUAAGAAACCACAAUUAUCAUUAUCUGUGCAUAAAUCUGGUAUCAAGACUAUGGAUGUGAAUGUUACAUCAGAUAAUAUAUUACAAGUAUUUACCGGUGGUGAUGAUAAUUCCAUAGGGAUGACGAUCUUUAAACAAUCCGAUGACAAGAAAAAUAAUUUUAAUGGUAAAACAACCUCUAUGAUAGAAAAUGCAGCCUCUUCUACUGUUACAUCAUGCCAAUUAUUUAAUAACGCUACUAAUUUAAUAACUACAUCUGUAGAUCAAAGAGUACGUGUAUGGAUAAUUUCAUCUGAUAAUAAAUUAAUAUUGAAGGAUACCAAAUAUACAACAAUUGCCGAUACAGGAUCCUGUGACGUGGUGGCAGAUGAUGAUAAUUCACAAUCUAUAUUAUUAGGAGGUGUUGGUUUAUCUGUAUGGAAAUAUUAA